UUGGUUGUUGUAGUUUUGUUUGAUUUUUAUACUUUGGUGUGUGUUUUGGCUGAGUUGAAUCGUGCUCCUCUCGAUUUUUCUCAGGGAAUUGCUUGUGGGUUUAAUGUUGAGUACUCUCGCGCUCCGUUUGUUUUUAGGGCAUCCUUUUCUGUAUGUGCUGAUUGUAUUUUUGUUUUUUCCUUUUGUUCCUUUUGUGAUUGUUUUUUGUUCGGGAGUUGGGUGGUUUCUGUGAGUUUUUUAGUAGUUUGCGUGUCAGAUUACAUUUCUGGUGGGGGUGUUGGUGGGUAUUUUGUUAAGUGUUUGUUGGUUUUGAUUAUGUUGGUGAUAGCUUUUAGUUUUUAUCAUUGUUCGGGUUGUACUGAGGAUAAGUUUGUCUAUGUCUGCGAGUUAAUAGUUUGUCUUGGUGGAUUUUGCUUAGUGAAGUUCAUCAUCAUGUUAGAACUCUUUUGGUUAUGUUAUUAUGUUUAUAUGAAUUUUUUGAUUGGUCAAAGGGGUAAGUGGGCUUUAUUAAUAGUGCGUUUUGGUACUAUUAUAAUUGAUAUAUUGUUUAAUAUGAGAGGGCGAAUCAUAAGGAUAUUGGUUCUAUGUGUUUAA